CGGCCGCGGCGCGCAGUGACCGGGCCUCUUGCAGACGGUGGGGAAGAGCAGCAAGAUGCUGCAGCACAUCGACUACCGCAUGCGGUGCAUCCUGCAGGACGGGCGCGUCUUCAUCGGCACCUUCAAGGCCUUCGACAAGCACAUGAACCUCAUCCUCUGCGACUGCGACGAGUUCCGCAAGAUCAAACCUAAAAAUUCAAAACAGCCAGAGCGGGAAGAGAAACGAGUUCUUGGUCUUGUGUUGCUGCGAGGAGAAAACCUGGUGUCCAUGACAGUUGAAGGACCACCUCCAAAAGAUACUGGAAUUGCCCGGGUACCUCUUGCUGGAGCUGCUGGAGGACCUGGAGUUGGGAGAGCAGCAGGGAGAGGAGUUCCAGCUGGUGCCCCCAUGCCCCAGGCUCCAGCAGGAUUAGCUGGCCCUGUUAGAGGAGUGGGAGGACCAUCCCAACAGGUGAUGACACCUCAGGGUCGUGGAACCGCUGCAGCGGCCACUGCUAGCAUCGCAGGAGCCCCAACUCAGUACACACCAGGGCGUGGGGGUCCUCCCCCACCCAUGAGCAGAGGAGCACCUCCUCCAGGAAUGAUGGGACCUCCUCCAGGCAUGAGGCCACCGAUGGGCCCACCCAUGGGAAUGCCCCCUGGCCGAGGUGCUCCUAUGGGAAUGCCCCCACCAGGCAUGAGACCACCACCCCCAGGAAUGAGAGGACCCCCUCCACCUGGCAUGCGCCCUCCAAGACCGUAAGACAUUCUAUAAUGUACCUUUGAACUGUGAGAAGACUGAUUAAGGGAAGAUACUGAGCAGUACCACCUGUCAAAACUUUGCUAUGUAUAUUUUAUAUUUACUGCUUGUAAAGUUGGCCGUUUUUAAUAAAGUUGGAAAAC